AUGGACGAAGCUCAUCUACCAGCAACAUUGGACCCAACAAUGGAGGAAGAGGAGUAUGGGGUCUUGUCAGAGGGAGUCCGGAUUGCAGGUUUGGUCCUGAUGUCCAUCCCUACCGCACUCGGAGUCUUUCUGAUGACUUGGAUUGUUUGGAAUCGAAAUGCAACUGUGGUCAAGAUGAUGCAGCCAGAAUUCCUUUUCUUGAUUUGUUUGGGAAUCGUGGUUUCCUCUUUAGUUAUCAUUCCAAUGGGAGCCAAUCCUCAAAACACAGCCAACAUCAAUGCCGCAUGUGCUUCGCUGCCUUGGUUCGAACACCUGGGGGUUACCAUUACCGAUUCUGCCUUGUUUUCCAAGCUCAAGAGAGUCAAUGAGAUUUUUCACGCCCAAGGCUUUCAACGGAAAGUUGUCACAAUACAAGAUGUCCUCAAGCCAUUUGUCAUUCUCAUGUCCAUCAACGUGAUCUCCCUCAUUGUCAUGACCGCGACUGACCCACCCACAUGGACCCACAAGGAAGGAGAAGCCAGUAAAUGUGACAACAUACAGAUUAUUGGUGUUGUGUUGGAUCUCCUGUUGAGUCUUGUCAAUUUUAUUGCUCUGAUUAUUCUGUGCGUCCAAGCCUAUCGCGCCAAGGACAUUGACAGUGACUUUAGUGAAGCCAGAGGUGUUGCCUUGGCCCUCUUCACAACCAUCAUAUCACUUAUCAUAGUCUCACCAACAGAAGAAUUCUUGCAGGGUCCAGAUGAUGUCAAUGCACUGCACGUUCUCUUGUCCAUGGAAGUGUUUGCAGUGCAUACAUCCACACUGCUGUUUAUCUUUGCGCCCAUAAUGGCACAUCAUCGAAAACGACAGCGUGGCACUACCACCCAAUCUGCAAAGAAGCACAUAUCUGGUCUGGACAGUAAUAAUAUUAGCCCGGCCCGAAACGACAACAUCGAGGCAAUCACCACACCAAAUAAUGAAGGAUCGAUUUCGAGGCUCACCUUUAAAGACGAACCGGGGUCGUCCGAUCAAAUGAUGGAAGGCUCCCCGAAAGGAAGAAAAAGUAUGGAAGAGUUGGAGCUGGAGUUGGAAGCUCUCCGGUCUCGCUUAUCCGUGUACGAGGGGGGACAUCAUAAACCCACAGAACCCGUGUAG